AUGACUGACGAGGAGUCCCCGGCUGCAGCCAAGCGCCGCAUGCGCCGCAUCCCAGAUGAUCAGAGGAAGAGGAACGCUCAGAGUUGCGAUCGUUGUCGCAAGAGGAGGUGUAAAUGCGUCCCUGCGCCCGACGGCAACGGCUGCUUGAGCUGCCAGGAGCAUGCAGUCCCUUGCACUUUCACCGCGCCUAGGCGGAAGCGAUUCUACGGCAGUGUCGAUGAGCUCAGCGACAGGUACCGUUGCCUGGAAGCCAUCGUCAAAGGAGCCUUUCCCAACGACAGCACUAGCACGGCGGCGGAGCUUCAUCAGCUAGGGCAGAAGCUAGGUAUCAAGAUGCCUGACAUUGCUGACGCAGCGCGACCGACGAUCAAAAUCGAGGAGCUAGUCAGGCAGCCUGGAGCAGGCUCGAUGUAUUCCAACGCUGGUGGUGGCACCCCUGGGACAUAUUCUGUUGCCUCGGGAGCACCCUCGGUAGCUUCUGCCACAAGCGAGACACCCAAUCCCCUCAACAGAUCGAGCAGCGAAGAGCCAAACAUCUUCUUGAUGCAUGAUCUCGGCGGAAACGAGCACUACGUUGGGCCGUCUGGUACUCUGAACUUCUUGAGCCGCAUACGGAUGCUCGUAAACGAGGUGCCAAAUCAACAGUCACAAGUCCCAGCCAUGUCCGUCGAGGGUACGCAAACAGGGCGCCCCGAAUCCAGCUACCCUCGUCAGCCCGCAAACAUGAUUCCGGGUGUCAACAGGAAUACCGACGACGAUGACCAAAAUGGUGGCGGGUCCGUGGACAAAGGCAGUCCCCGGAUUUCUGUUGACAAUCUGCCUUUGGAUGGACCGUCACCGGGCUCCAUCACAGCAAUUGCAAGGGAUUUUACUCGUCUGCCGCCCACCGAAAUGGAGGAGAUCCUCAAGCAAUUCCCACCGGAUGAUAAGCUCGAGGCUCUCAUUGCAUCGUACUUUAGGGUCGUGCACGAUGACUUUCCUCUCUUCCAUCGAGCUACAUUCCAAGACGAGUUUGAGGUAUUUGUGAUUCAAGCUCGGCGCGACGCGCGAACAGCCACAGGCAAGACACAUCGCGGGCCCCUCCCUGACUGGGGAUGGAUUGGUUGUCUUCAUAUGAUGAUCGUUUUUGGCUCAAUAUCGGAUCCGGGUAUUCCUGACAUUGAUCAUACGACUCUUCGCCGGCGCUCCGUCACGGUUGCCCGAGCGUUGUUGCCGCAAUUCAUUUUUCGAUGCACGUUGACAAACGUGCGCGUUUUGCUACUUCUAUCACUGUUCUUGCACAACUACAAUGAGAGGAAUGCUGCUUGGAACCUGGUCGGCGCAGCAACCCGAAUAGCCUUUGCGCUGGGCCUGCACCGAUCUGACAUGAACUCCUCUUUUCGACCCUUGGAGAGAGAAAUACGAAAAUGGGUCUUUUGUACACUCUACACGUUCGAGCAAUUCCUUGCUUCCAGUCUCGGUCGCCCGGGUGGUCUGCAGGAGCUCGAUGUAGAGAUUGUGCCGCCACGCGAGGGCUUCUUGGAGGGCGGUGGAGGCACGGACGCCAGGCUAGUAUCCCUCUCCCUCAAACUCCAGGCGAUCCUCGCAAAGACCAGGUUAGUCGACGCCAAUAGGCGCAAGGCAGAGCUUGCGACCCCGUAUGUCCCCUCAUCGAGUGUUGACCAGGUACUCGGAUCCUUGGAUGAGUGGAUGUCCAAGGUCAGCCAGCUCAGCGACUUCCGACUGCCUUGGAUCAAGUCGAAUACUCUGGAUUAUCCAGAUUCGGCAGACUCCGUGGACAUUGAGCAACUGGCGACCUCGCUGCAGGUGAAGACCAAGCCUCAUCUGCGGGCCGUCCUCUUACUCCAUAUCCAAUUCCAUUUUGUUGUUCUUGCGGCGACUCGAGCUUUGUUGUUGCGGGAUAUCACGCUUCUCCGGAAGGGGAAAUUGGUCCCAAAUGCGCAGGCAAACGGGCUCUCAAAGUACUCAGAUCGAGCAGUACGGAGUGCAUGCCAACUCGUCUACAUUGUCAUUCUACUCGAUGCCUUUGAUAUUCUCAGCGGACUGUCUGGCCUGGAUGUGUACUACGCGUACCACGCGUCUAUGAUCAUCAUCCUUCGCCUGCUGCGCAGUGUCGAUGACUCGACGCCAGUAGGCAGCCCGCACACCGAUGCCCAAGUGGCCGAGCAGCACAUUUGCCUCUCGCUCCGGGCGAUCAUCGACCGAAUACAGGCGGUCAUGGACCGCACUCCAAAAGCUGGCGCCAUGAAGCGGUUUGCCAAGGUCGUGCAGGCGUUCACGGCAAGGCUCUCGUCUUCAACGCCGGUAUCGCUCUUGAGCGGAGGUCCGACAGACCUCAUUGGAGAGCCAAUCGUUCCACUGCAGCAGCAGCCGCAGCACCAGCCUCAGCAGCCACAAGCUCAGUACCAACAGCAUAUGGGCGGCAUUCCUCAACCGCAGUACGCGUAUGGAAACAUUGGAGGUGGGAUCACCAACAUGAUGCCGGAGCAGGCACAAUUUGGGCAGAUGCCACCAUACGAGGACACGAACAUGGACGGAGGUUUCCUGGGCCUGUUCCCAUCGUCUACUUUUGGAGCAACGGAUACCAGUCAGGGCCCGGUGACUCAAAUACCCUCGAAUAGCAUGGCGCCACAGAGCUGGCUGGACAUGGAAUUGUUGCUUGGCGGAUAUGGCGUGCAAAGUUAA